UAUUUAAAAAAUUUUUAGGAAAAAUUUCAAGGGAAGCAAUGCUUCCCAUGCUUCUAUGGAAGCUUCAUCACUGUAAUAGCAUUCAAAAAAUAAACAUAUCUGUAUGGGCUGCCUGCUUGGAUAUCACACCAGAUGAUGACCAUGUUAAAAAUCAUAUUGGGGAUAAGUUUAUUCACCACUUACUCCAUCCACAUAUCUCAACAGGUAUUCGUUAAGGCCAAACCUUGGUUUGAGGAACAAAAACCCACAACUAAUUACAGAAUUUAUAGGCUCAUGAAGAAACCCUUAAUUGUUAACAAAGACGAUAAUGUAAAUAUGAGGUUCGAAGAUAUAUUCCAAAAAUAUAUGGACCCUUCAAUUAUGGAAUAUCCGAUAUACAGAAAGGCAAUAAUGAACAAGAUUAAUACUAUCUAUAAACUAUUCAAUCAAGAAGACCCUCAAUAUAUCCAUUAUGUUAAGGCUCGAAAUUAUCGCGAAGGUUAUGAUUAUAAGCCCAUCCUCUCGAAACGAAUAUUUGGACUGGAAAUACCGGAUAUGCUAAGUCAGGAAAAAGUCUAUGGUCAAUCCUUUUUGAACUCUGAUAACAAUAUAAAAAGCUUACAAAAUUUGAUGGAGCAAAUGCUUCAGAAAGGAUAAUUAAUUACUCAAUAUUGUCGUUACUUUU